GGGUGAUGUGAUUAAAAUAACAUGAUGCAUGAACGGAGGUUAUAGUCACACUAGUGUAUGACUCAAACUCUCAAGCUUCCUCAGACAACUAUUUCUAUCUUCGCUCAAUCAUUUCCCGUAAUAAUUUAUUUUUUUCUUCAUCUCAACAUAUUAAUCCAAUUUUUUGAAUAUUAUACACAAUGGCGGAAACCAUCAUUCCUCAAGAAAUACUCGACACCUAUUUUCCCAAGACAAGUGACUUACCUAUCGAACAGGAUGACAAAAGAAAAGAAACGCUACUUGCACAAAUUAGACACCGUGUUGAACUCGUAAAUUUUUGGUUCAUCCCACCGGGAUCAAAAGUCCUCGAGAUAGGCUGUGGUCAGGGCGAUACAACAUUGGUACUUGCUGCACAAGUGGGGGAGGAUGGUCAUGUCGAUGCUGUCGAUCCAGGAGAUCCUGAUUAUGGCUCACCAUGGACUCUUUCCCAAGCCCAAUCUCAACUCAAAUCCGGCCCACUAGGCCAUCGCAUCACAUUCCACCACGCAUUUCCAAUUCUCUUUCUCGAAUCACUUUUCUCUCCCCUCUCUUCCUCUUCCACAACCCAAGAUUCAAAACCAUACACCCACAUCAUUCUCUCCCAUAGCAGCUUUUACUUCUCUUCUCCCUCGCUCUUCCCCCAACUAAUUUCCUACAUCACCUCCCUCUCCUCUCCCAAAACCACAUCUCCUACCUCCAAUCCCAUAACUAAACAAACCCAAAUUUGUAUCGCGGAAUGGGAUCUCAGCGCCACAUCCCCUGCUCAAUUUCCCCAUCUGCUCGCGAUUAUGCUGCAAGCCGUUUCGGAAGGAUUCAAAAAGGAAGGGGAAGAGGGAGAUGGAAAUGUAAGAUGCGUACGUAGUGCGAAGCGGAUGCGGGAGGUUAUGCGGAGGAAAGGGUGGAAGGUUGAGAGGGAGAUGGUGAAGGAUGGAUCGGGGCUGGAAGAUGGGCUUUGGGAAGUAGGGAAUGUGGGGAGGAGGAAAGAGGGGGAAUUGGAGAGGGUAGAGGCGGUUGAGGGGAAGGAGAAUAAGGAGGGGAAUGUGCUGGAAAUGAUGUAUGAUGUUUUGGAUUUGAGUUUGGGGAAUGUAGAAGGGGGAGCGAAAGGGGUGGAAGCGAUGGGAGUUUGGGUUGCGAGUUUUGCUAGGGAGGAUUUCUGAGGUGGAGGUGAUGGUGAGAGAAGUUGAGUGGAAUUUUAGAGAUGGAGAGUCUAUACGAGGACAUUAAUUCAUACGAAUAAAACAGCAGAGGAGAAAGGAAAGCUACCUAGAUAGAUACAAGGCGCUCUAUAAAACCUAUCCAGCCUAUCAAAAGUCAGGCUUUAGAGAUAUCUAAAACUAUCUAUGAAAUAUUUAUCUCUGAAUUUGUUUAAUAAAGAAUAAAUCUUGUAACA